AUGCCAACAGUGAAUAAUUGGUUCUUUCGAUUUCUCGAGAACUAUGUCUACGCUAUGCCCGAGCCGCCGCCUCGCACGCGGACUAAGCCCAUGCAGGUCCUAUGCGUGGGGAUGCCGCGCUCUGCGACCGAGUCGCUCCAGCACGCACUGCUAACACUAGGCUACGACCACACAUUUCAUGGGUGGGACAUCAUUUAUGAGGAGCCAAACUACUCCCAACAAUGGGUCAAAUUGUGUCGAAAAAAAUUCUUCGGGCCCUUAGACGGCAACACCACGUUCACGGCUGAGGACUUCGACCCCCUCAUAGGUCACUCUGUUGCAGUAACGGACGCAGCUGGCUCUGUAUUUGCUGCCGAGCUCAUUGGCGCAUAUCCGGAUGCCAAAGUCGUCCUCAACUACCGUAGGGAUCUAGACGCGUGGCAUCACAGUGCAACGACUACGCUCAUGCGAUCAAAUGGCCACUGGCCCCUUCUGGCACUGUCCUUCCUCAGUCGGGACUGUUUCUGGGCAUGGCAUGUAUAUGUACGAUUUAUGUGGCCCGGUUUGUUCCGGGCGCUAGAUGGAAAUAUUCAGACUGGUAUGGCUAGGAAUGGGAAGUGGGUGUAUCGUGAACACUGUAAUAUGAUUCGUGGACUCGUGCCCAAGGAACGGCUGCUUGAGUGGUCGGUCGAGGACGGAUGGGAGCCACUUUGUGAAUUUCUGGGUAAGCCAGUGCCUGACGAGCCGUUCCCACACGUCAACGCCGCUGCUGGGUGGGCAGGCCAGGAAAUGAGAAUCGGUAAAAAGUACAUCAUGGGCGCAAUCAAGAAUGUGCUGGUCUUCGGUGCAAUAGCAGCGGCAACUUGGGCCCUGUAUCGGUACCGCUUUCAGCUUACUCCUGUUUGA